GAAACUAAAUUCAAAAACACCAGUGAAGUUCAAUUCAAAAUCUGAAACUCGAAGAAGGAGAUAAGUAUAUCCAACGUACAGUAGAACCCUAAAAAUCGAAAUAACAAAACAACCCCGCGUCCCAUAUCUCAACACUUUCAAAAUUCCAAACCCUAAUUAGUCACGGAGCAGAACAAACGACAAACAGGCAGACUCAGCCUACCCCCACUGGCACCAUUUUUAGUUCCUCGGUCUGUCACUCAUUUUCUUCUCCAACAAAAAGCAGCACUCACUUCAGUAAUCCCCUUCCCUAGCCAACGCCUUCCAUCAUGCAAGCUACUCUUUUAUCUUCCCGAGUUGUCUCUCCCAUCAUUAAACCUUCAUUUCCCAGCAAUGGUACACACCGGACGAACCGUACUGCUUCCCUUCGCGUCACGGCGCAAUCGCCGCCCUCCGUCACCGCCGAACCGUCACCGCCGCCAACCGCCACCGUAAAGCUCAACAAGUACAGCUCCAGAGUCACAGAACCUAAAUCACAAGGUGGUUCUCAGGCAAUACUCCAUGGCGUGGGACUAUCUGACGAAGACAUGUCUAAACCUCAAAUCGGGAUAUCGUCCGUCUGGUACGAGGGAAAUACGUGCAAUAUGCACCUGCUUAGACUGUCAGAGGCAGUGAAGCAGGGAGUGCAAGAGGCAGGCAUGGUGGGGUUCCGUUUCAACACUAUCGGUGUUAGUGAUGCUAUCUCCAUGGGGACUCGAGGAAUGUGCUUUAGCUUGCAGUCAAGGGAUUUGAUCGCUGAUAGUAUAGAGACGGUCAUGAGUGCGCAAUGGUAUGACGGCAAUAUAUCGAUUCCUGGCUGUGACAAAAAUAUGCCAGGAACGAUUAUGGCAAUGGGGAGGCUUAACAGACCAAGCAUUAUGAUUUAUGGUGGAACUAUCAAGCCCGGUCAUUUUGAAGGCAAUACAUAUGACAUAGUAUCUGCCUUUCAGUGCUAUGGAGAAUAUGUAAGUGGAUCCAUAAGUGAUGAGCAGAGAAAGAAUGUUGUCCGUAACUCAUGCCCUGGGGCUGGUGCUUGUGGUGGGAUGUAUACGGCUAAUACCAUGGCUUCUGCAAUCGAAGCUAUGGGGAUGUCUCUUCCUUACAGCUCUUCGAUCCCUGCUGAAGACGAAUUGAAGCUAGAUGAAUGCCGUUUAGCUGGAAAAUAUCUUCUAGAAUUGAUAAAAAUGGACUUGAAACCGCGAGACAUUAUUACUCCGAAAUCUCUGCGAAAUGCAAUGGUCAUUGUAAUGGCACUGGGCGGGUCUACCAAUGCUGUGUUACAUCUAAUUGCUAUUGCAAGUUCUGUUGUUCUGGAGUUAAUUCUCGAUGAUUUUCAGAAGGUUAGUGAUGAGGUUCCGUUUCUGGCUGAUCUUAAGCCUAGUGGCAGAUAUGUUAUGGAAGAUGUGCACAAGAUUGGUGGAACACCUGCAAUUAUUCGCUAUCUUUUGGAGCUUGGUUAUCUGGAUGGAGAUUGUGUCACUGUUACUGGGAAAACAAUCGCUCAAAAUGCUGAAAGUUUCUCUCGCUUACCUACUGGGCAGGACAUCAUUAGACCUGUGACAAACCCCAUCAAGGAGACAGGCCAUAUACAAAUAUUACGAGGAAAUCUUGCACCAGAAGGUUCUGUAGCUAAAAUUACUGGGAAAGAAGGGUUAUAUUUCUCUGGUCCAGCACUUGUUUUUGAAGGAGAGGAAUCUAUGAUUUCUGCCAUCUCCGAGGAUCCUAUGAGUUUUAAGGGAAAAGUGGUAGUAAUUAGAGGGGAGGGGCCUAAGGGGGGCCCAGGCAUGCCUGAGAUGUUGACACCAACAAGUGCGAUAAUGGGAGCAGGUCUUGGAAAGGAUGUUGCACUGUUAACCGAUGGCAGGUUUUCAGGAGGGUCACACGGGUUUGUUGUUGGCCACAUAUGCCCUGAAGCACAGGAGGGUGGUCCUAUUGGUCUUGUAAAAAAUGGAGAUGUCAUCAAGAUUGAUGUCCAAAAUAAGAGAAUAGAUAUUCAGAUAUCAGAUGAAGAAAUGACUGAGAGAAGAAAGAGGUGGACUCCACCCCCAUAUAAGGCUACCCGAGGGGUUCUUUACAAGUACAUAAAGAAUGUGCAGCCGGCAUCAAAGGGUUGUGUAACUGAUGAGUAGGAUAGACCAAAGGUAUUUUUCAGAAAGCUUAUAGAGUGAUUGUCAGCCUGUUGCGGCUUGGCUAUCUGUUGCGGCUUGUGUCUACCUAACCAAACGAGUCAGUUUUCUUUUUGUUUAAUUUUGUCAGGUUAUGUUUCUUGUCCUUGUUUUAUUAUAAACAACUGACAUUUGUUAAUAACAUAUGUUUAUUCUGUGUUUGUUGUGUUA